AUGUCCCACCGCGCGGGGUCGCGCGUCGUUUUUGAGGAACAGCUAAUCAACGUAUUUUCGGAGGUUGGCCGCGUCGCUGCGUUCCGCCUGGUGUCUGAUAAAGAGCAGGGCAAGUUCAAGGGCUAUGGAUUUUGCGAGUACGAGGAUGUGGAGACUGCCGCGUCUGCUGUGCGCAACCUGAAUGAUGUGGAAGUGGGAGGAAGGCAGCUGCGCCUCGACUUUGCGGACUCUGACCCGAUGGUCGAGCUGGAGCGCCACACCGAUGCGCGCAAACCGGCAGGAACAGAGCAGGGGACGCCGCUUCCUCCGGGCGUCUCGGCAACAGACGCGAUUACACACGCAAUUGCGAGUCUUCCUCCUAAUCAGCUGAUGGAUAUCUUGACGCAAAUGAAGUCUUUGAGUGCGACAUCGCCGGAGCAGGCGCGCGCAUUGCUCAGCGGAAAUCCGCAGCUCGCGUAUGCCGUCUUUCACUCGAUGCUCAUGAUGAAUAUUGUAGAUCCGCUUAUCGUGCAGAGAGUGCUUGGCGAGGCUGGUGCGAUCCCGGGAGCGUCGAUGCAUGUUCCUGCUCCAAUGCCCGCACAAAUGCCUGCUCCGGUGCCUGCAAUGCCCGCACAAAUGCCCAUGAAGAAUGCUACACCCACACCUGCUGCACAGGCGCAACUCGACGAGCAGCAGCGUGUCCUGCUCUCCCAAGUCCUGCAGCUCACUCCCGAACAGAUCAAUGCGUUACCGCCGGACCAGCGCGCUAGUAUUCUACAGCUAAAAGCACAAUUCGGACAGUAG